CCCUUACGCUUAGUCAACUGGGGCGUGCAUCACACUCCCUCCCUUUGCGUAAACGUUUCGUGUGCCGUCGAAUUUGAUUCUCGUCGGUAGUCACGCAUUUUAUUUUAAAUACUGAAAAACAAAAAUCUGGGUUUGUAGGGUUUAACCGAAACAGGACCUGGGUCUGUCUUAGAUUUUUAAAUGGUGAAGAAAAACGAGAGCUUUAAGCCCAAACAAGAAAGCAAGGAGAGAAAGAGAUGGAGUUCAUGGGGGUUGAUCGGGGCAUUAGUGGCAGUUGCUCUGGCAGUAGCUGUAGCUGUUACUGUUUCUCCAAUGUCCGCAUCAAAGAUUGGCUCUUUGAUUAACAGCAAUAACAAGUCAUGUCAAUGCCCUUCUUCUCAGGAUUCAGGGAAAUAUAAGGGAGUGAUUGAGGGUUGUUGUUGUGAUUAUGAGAGUGUAGAUAGUGUAAAUGGAGAGGUGUUGCAUCCUUUGCUUCAAGAGCUUGUUAAAACACCCUUUUUUCGGUAUUUUAAGGUUAAAUUGUGGUGCGACUGCCCCUUCUGGCCCGAUGAUGGUAUGUGCCGCUUGCGUGAUUGCAGUGUUUGUGAAUGCCCAGAAAAUGAGUUCCCAGAACCUCUUAAGAAGCCAUUCCUUCAUGGUCUUCCAGCAGAUGAUGUGGCAUGUCAAGAGGGAAGGCCACAGGCUGCUGUUGAUCGCACAUUAGACAGUGGAGCUUUUAAAGGAUGGAUAGAGACAGAUAAUCCAUGGACAAAUGAUGACGAGACUGAUAAUGAUGGGAUGACAUAUGUGAAUCUCUUAUUGAAUCCGGAACGCUACACUGGUUAUGUUGGUCCAUCAGCUAGAAGAAUAUGGGAUGCUGUUUACUCAGAGAAUUGCCCAAAAUAUCCAUCAGGAGAGAUGUGCCAGGAGAAAAAAGUAUUAUACAAAUUAAUAUCUGGCAUCCACUCUUCCAUUUCAAUCCAUAUAGCUGCUGACUAUCUUCUUGAUGAGAGCACCAAUAAGUGGGGUCAGAACCCGGAAUUGAUGUAUGAUCGUGUUCUCAGAUAUCCUGAUCGUGUCAGAAACUUGUACUUCACAUUCCUCUUUGUUUUGCGCGCAGUGACUAAAGCAGCAGAUUACCUGGAGCAGGCUGAGUAUGACACUGGUAACCAUACAGAGGACCUAAAGACAGAGUCUUUAGUGAGGCAGUUAUUUCACAACCCCAAACUCCAAGCAGCUUGCCCUCUUCCAUUUGAUGAAGCUAAGUUAUGGCAAGGUCAAAGUGGACCUGAACUGAAGCAGCAAAUUCAAAAGCAAUUCAGAAAUAUUAGUGCAUUGAUGGACUGUGUUGGCUGUGAGAAGUGUAGACUCUGGGGAAAACUUCAGGUUCUUGGCCUUGGUACUGCAUUGAAGAUCCUCUUUUCUGUUGAUGGUCAAAAUCAGCUAAGCGAAUCUCUCCAACUACAACGAAAUGAAGUAAUUGCUCUGGUAAAUUUGCUCAGUCGACUCUCAGAAUCUAUCAAAUACGUUUGUGAACAGGGACCUUCAAUUGAGAAGACCAUGGAGAGACAUAUAUCAGAUCCUUCUGAAACCAAGUAUGCUAGUACAUGACAGAGAGCAGGGGAGUCUCUGUCCCGGCUUUGGUAACUAAUUGUUUAUCCUACUAGAUUGUUUAAGAUUCAUGGUACCAAUGAGUGAAGCUGGUAAAACACAUGCUGAAAUGAUGUUUGUAGGUUGGGGAAAUCAUAAGCAUAGCAAAUCAUUGCUAGACACUGCUGUAAAAAUUUUGAAGGCUGCUUUACAGUUAUACAUACCAGUAUCGCUUAAGAGCAAAAGGUCAGGGGUUCUGCAGAAACACAGUUUUCCCGAGAACACAAGUCCACGCAAAUGUUGGUAUAAAAUAGUCUGGAGUAGGCAUGGUUUGAACACUUAAAAUGUGGUACUCAUUACUCAACAUUUGCCUGAUUGGGCCUGUGGUUGGUGGUUAUAUUCAUGCUUCCCCCUUUUAAACAAAGAAAACAAGUAUACGACACGUAUUGAUGCAAGUUUUGUUUCUCACUCCAUGUGAUUCAUGUUUUU